AUGGCCAAGAAGGGACGACUAGCCAGGAGGCAGCGAAGAAAGCAACAAAAGCAGGAAGAAUCUAUCAAGAAACGGAGAAAACUAGACCACAAGGGUUACGUUGGUGGAGGACAGGAUACGUCAUUAAGCAGUAAGGGACCAAAAGGACUAUCAAUUCCAUUCGAUGAAAAAGAAAAGAUCAUUCUUAUAGGAGAAGGAGACUUUUCUUAUGCCGUCAGCAUAGUGGAGGAAGGAUACAUUAAGCCUGAGAAUUUAAUAGCCACAUCCUUCGAUACAUUAGAAGAGCUUAAGCAGAAGUACCCGGAAGUGGCCGAGGCCAACUUAAAAAAAUUAAAUGAGUUGAUGGUGAAAAAGGUUGUCCACGGAGUAGACGGAACUAAACUAAUAAAAACCCUUAAAUUGAGCUGGAAUCCCAAGAAACUGGAUCGGAAUCGAAACGCAAUGAAUGGAUUGAAAAUAAAUCUGGUCCUCUUCAACUUUCCUCAUGUCGGAAGAGGAAUCAAAGAUAUGGACAGAAAUAUCAAGGCCAAUCAAGAAAUGCUGGUGUCUUUUUUUACAAAUUGCAAAGAGCUAUUCGAAUUGUUGGCUCAAAACAGGAGUCAAGGUGGGGAAAAAGGGAACAACGAAGAUCUUGAUAAAAUUGCCGUGACACUAUUUGAUGGAGAACCAUACAACUCAUGGCAAAUUAAGCAGUUAAUUAGGAACACUAUUGGAUAUAAAGUGAGACGAAGUGGUACGUUUGAUUGGAAGGCAUAUAAAGAGUACCAUCAUAGAAAGACUGCCGGAAUGCACGACACGACUAAGGUGGCCAAGGAACGAGCAGCUCGGACGUAUUUGUUCGAACCAAAGAGAGGAGGGAAGAGGAAGAGGGUGGAGAUGGAGAGUGAGAGUGAGAGUGAGUAG